GCCUGUCCGUUAGCUGGGGAAAUUUUCGACUUUCCUUCCUGGUGGGUGGCGUAAGGAGCUUGGAUAAAACGGGAGUUUGAAAGAGGACGCGAAGGGAAGGUCCAUCCUGCUUCCUCGUUCAGAUUAUCCGCCUAUCAGCUCUGCCUUACCUUCACCUGCCAGUCAAACUGUAACCAAGCGAAACUUAAGCUUUCAAGAUGAUGCAAAUAAACAACGAUUCCGCCUGCAACAAGCACUCCCUCAUCAACGUCAUGCACCGCUUUAUCGCAGCUGCCAAUAACAUGGACGAAACCAUCAUGGUGCCAAGCCUGCUGCGAGAUGUGCCGCUGGAGGAGCAGGUGAAGAGCGAAGUGGAGGCGAACAACAAUGAAACGCCUUGUCCCAAUAAGCAACGGGACAUGUACGAGCACUACCUGCUGCUCAAGUCCAUAAAGAACGACAUGGAGUGGGGUUUGCUCAAGAGGGAGAUGAGCAGCGGCGCCAGCUUCCUGGAGAUGGCAGUGAAACAGGAGGAGCAGCAGCCAGUGACUGGACAGCUGCCCCUAGAGGACAAUGCAGAUCUAGAACAUCAGUUUCACUACCAUCUCAGGGGACUGUUCGGGGUCUUGUCCAAGCUCACUGUACAAGCAGACCACCUCACCAACAGAUACAAGCGUGAGAUCGGAGGAGGAAACUUCAUGAGAUAAUUUGUACUCCUGUCUGGACUGGUUUGCACUUUUGGUUAUGGGAAGGCUCUGUUCUUCCCAACCAGUGACUAUCGCGAUAAGACCAACCACUCAGAAUUUUCUAAUGAGUUGCACUCCACACUCCCACCCCACCCCUGCUGCUCUUCUGAUUCCCCAGUAAACUUCUUUGAAAACCAGUGACGCCUGCAUGGUUGGUUUUUGCAGCAGUCAAUGUCGGUGCUUGGCAGAGGUUUGAGUCAGUCCAGAUGAAGCACAGCUAAAGGCAAUUUUUAAUUUCUUAUUUGAGAAGUGUCACCCCACUGUGGCCAUGAAUAGGAGAGAUGGGAGAAAGAUGAAUGCUGGUUGUUCGGUCCCCCCUCUUGUAAAGGUUUUAAAGCUGAGCUGAUGGCUCUGAGCAGUCAUUUACACAAAGUGUUGCUGUAACAUGGCGUGCCUUGACUUUUUGUAUGUCAUCUCCAUGCCCUGUUCAGUUUCCAACUGUUUUCAACUUUUAAGGUGUUAUAACAUGUUUUUAACUGUUUUAUAUUUUAAACACAUUGCAGUUAAACUGAAAUAAAUAAUUGAAAACCUA